AUGAAUUUGGAGAACAAGAUCCUUGCCUCGAAAUUAGGCAAUGUGUCGAUGAUAAAGGACCAGUGCUGCGUGAAGUUAGCAAACUCGAAGAUCGAGCAUUCCACGAGUAAAAACAGACGUGGUCGAUGGAAUUUUCUUAAACGUUGCAGACUGAUGAACCUUGUCCAAAGUUUGCUAGCUAUACUAAUCUUCUGUUUCGCUGGAUUCCUGAUAUAUUUGACCGCUGUGUCAGCAUACGUGAAUCCAGUGUUUAAAACAAUCGAAUCCAGCCAGGACCAACCUCCUCUGAUCAUCGAACCUCUGCCAGAGGAGCAAACAUCACAAUCAAACCCCAAAACUGUGUAUCGACACUUGCUCACCAACCAACUCGAUCAUCCGAGUUCCCAACUGCUGUCAAUUAUCCUACAAACAGACCAGAGUCGUCCGAAACGAGAUGUCAAGACAAGUCCUUGUCAACAAAACAUAGAGCACUGCCAGGGUGUGAUUGACUCUAUGUGGAGCAUAGUGGGCAUCGUGAACAGCAGCAUGCCCUACUUGCAAGGUUUCCUGAGGGACCAUUCGACAGACACGAAGUCCUCCAAGUCGAAAUUGGUCGAAUUGGUCGAGUGUCUACAGUGCAAGAACGAUUCGAUCAGGUUCAUCGAUGAGACAGGUCCAGAGAACCUUGCUACUGAGCAACGAAUAAUUCAUGAGCACUCUGAUCACGAUCAGAUCAAGAACAAUGUCGACGUUGUCAGUAAUUUGUUGAACGACCAGACACACGACGACAAGCAUAAUCCCACUAACAGUGUCUUAGAAUCGACCACUUUGAGGUUGAAUAGGUUAGAAGAGCAUGCUGAGGGACCUACAAAGAUGGCUAAUGGUGGUCUCGAUAGUCAUGGAGGGAAGUCAGAUCAGAGAGCAAAGGAGUUAGAGACGACCUUGUCUACAACUUCGACGAACGGAAGAAUGGAAUAUGCAUCGAGGAAGGAUUCCAGGGAAGCCAUUAAUACGACGAGUGCACGGACGACGCUGAAGGCGGAAGAAUCAGUGGCCCAAACGAGCAGAAUUGCUGAUACAGAGCGGACUGCGGCUGCCCUGAACGUGACAGACAAACCAGACACCGACAACGUGAUGGAAAUCGCGAUCAACCCCGUGCAACCUUCGAGUCAAGGUCACGGCAAGCUGAACGAGCCGGAAAGGGAAGCACGAAAAGGUUCGAAGCCAAUCUUCCGUGACCUCCGACCGAGAAUCGUCACGAACGGGAUGCCAGUGCCAGGCACUAUGCCCACGGCAGAGACGAUAAAGUCCACUCAACAAUUGCAACUGACGCCCACCAUGUCCUGGCUGCCUUACCAGGUCUGCUUCUACGGCCCAGCAGCCAGCAGUGCGGUGAAACAGUCAGGACCAGGUCAAAUCAUGUACCCAGCUUCGUCUCCAGGAGCCUCGUAUCAGAUGCCUAUGUCUCAGCAGAGACAAGGUUACCAGAACUCCAAUCAGGCACCGAGUUAUGUUCAGGUGCAGGCACAGUCUGUCCAGUUCAUGCCAAUGCAAUCCCUCCCCGGGAACUCGGGACAGGCUGGUGGGCAGAAAGUUGGACCCACCGGUCCUGCAACCCCCAAUUUCCCGAUAUUCCCUGGCCAGAUGUCCCCUAGUGGCUCUGGAAACUCUAACAAUAAAAUGCCUUACUAUUGCACGUACAUUCCUGCCCCUACUUUCCAAUUUCCAGCUAUUCCUGGGGUCUCGGAGUAUCAGAGAUCCUCCGUUGCGUAUGACAAGAACGAGACUGAGGAAUCACGUGAUGAUCUGAAAGUGAUCUAUGGCUAUACCAAUGAAUGUCCCUCUAACGCGAUUAAGUGUAAAGGGGAAAGACACUGUAUCCUGAGGUACAAAUGGUGUGACGGUCAGGUGGAUUGCAAAGAUGCAAGUGAUGAGACCACGUGCUCCUGCAAAGACCGCAUAUCCCAGGAACGGCUUUGCGAUGGGUACUUCGACUGUCCGCAUGGCGAAGACGAAAUGGGAUGCUUGGGUUGCCCAAAAACUUCGUUCAGUUGUAAUGAUUGGCAAAAGCGAUACUCUCCUGAUAACUGCGUGCCACUUUCCCAGAGAUGCGACGGAAUAAAGCAGUGUGCCAACGGGAAGGACGAAAUGGACUGCAGUGUUCUCACUCCCUCGUAUAUCGAAGGAAAGAAUGCAUACUCUAUUGGCUACAUCGAAGGGUACCUUCACAAGAACUUGAAGGGCCAAUGGUACCCCGUGUGCACAGCGUCCAAGUCCUGGGCCAGGGAUGCCUGUGCUCCUGAGACAGGCUCCAGCAAUGACGAGACCCCAGAGAUAAACAUCCGCUCUGUGCCAGACAACGCGUACCUAGGUCCGUAUCUCGCCGAGGUGAACGGUCAGAUGGAGCUGAUCUCAUCUUGCAUGAACAAGGCGAUUUUCGUGCGUUGUCCAAGCUUCUCGUGUGGAACCAGCAUAUUCCCUCACAAGGACAUGCUACAACCGCAGCUGUUGCAGAGGGAAGGUCAAGACUAUUCGCAGAUCCUCGAUGAGAUCGUGUGGCCGCUGACAGCGAGCGGGAUAGACCCAAGGUUCGGUGGAAGCAAGAUCGGGAAGGAUCAGGAUGACCUGGUUGCGUCGCAGUUGCGUGUUGUCGGGGGUCGUGCGAGUCAACCGAAAGCUUGGCCAUUCUUGGUGGCCAUUUAUAAGGACGGCCUUUUCUAUUGCGGAGGUGUCAUUCUGAAUGAACUAUGGGUGCUCACUGCGGCGCAUUGUCUCGAUGGCUACACAGGCCACUAUUUCGAGAUCCAGGCAAUUUCGUUCUCACCCAUGUCACAGACCAAGAGAGCACGCUACGCGGUGAUGCAUCCUCGGUACAAUAGCAAAGACAUGAAUAACGACAUUGGUAUGAUCAUGCUGGAUGAUCCUCUGCGUUUUAAUAGAUGGGUACGACCCAUUUGCCUCCCUGGACCGGAAAUCCUAGGUACCAUGUGGAGAAACAAACCGGAGCCUAAUUCUACUUGCAUAGCAAUUGGCUGGGGCGCUACUAGAGAACAUGGACCAGAUCCUGACCACUUGAGAGAAGUAGAGGUACCGAUAUUGUCAUAUUGCAAGCAUUGGAUUGAUCAGAACGAGGCUGCCAUUUGCGCUGGCUAUCCUCAAGGAGGUCGUGACGCCUGUCAAGGAGACAGUGGGGGUCCUUUACUCUGCAGAAAUCCCUACUCGAAAUCGCAAUGGUACGUGGCAGGCGUUGUUAGUCACGGCGAAGGCUGCGGUCGGCCGGAUGAGCCAGGUGCCUAUACGAGAGUUAGCUACUUCCUGGACUGGAUUCAAGAACUUAUCAGUGGUCGAGGAGUGCCUCCUCUGAGACGCACACCUCUGGAAAAGUGUCCAGGGUUCAGCUGCGAAGGGGGUCUAGGCAAAUGUUUGCCAAUCGAGGCGCGCUGCAACGGAAUAGUCGAUUGUCUGGACGGCGAAGACGAAGUCAAAUGUCGAGACUAUUAUCCAAUCUACAGACGAUUAGCAAACAACGCUUCCGACUUCGAAGAUGCUUUACUAAUGAAAACAGCUAAUUCCUCGCCGUCUGAGGAAAUUCUCAGCACUGAUCAGACCUUAAUUAACAAUACAAUCGAUGAUUCAUUAAUGAAAACAGCCAAUUCCUCGACGUCUGAAGAAAUUCCCAGGACUGAUCACACUUUACUGAACAAUGCAAUCGACGAUACUACUGACACAUCUGUGUCUGCUGAGGCUAGAAACAGUGUCUUGGGAUUCGAUGACGAUGGUAGCAUGACUUUGGCAACUUUGACCAGCAUAACUAGUCCUGAUCCUAAUUAUACUGACAGUGACUCGACGUUGGCACCAACACUGUUUUCUACAAUAUUCACCUGCACAAGACUGCUUCAAAGUAUCCCUAUCGAAGAGAGAUGCAACAGGGUAGUGGAUUGCGAGGACAGUACCGACGAAAUGAACUGUACCUGCAAGGAAUACCUGCAGAACCUGAACCCAAGUGCCAUUUGCGAUGGUUACGCUGACUGCGAUGACCUAACAGACGAACAGGAUUGUGCACUCUGUGAGCAGGAUGAGUUCCUCUGUAAGACCAGCGAGACGUGCAUUCCGAUGUCGAAGAAGUGCAACGGAAAUUUCGACUGCAAGUUUAAGGAAGACGAACUUGACUGCUUCACGUUGACUGAUGGUCAGCACGUGUACUUGGACGGAGAUAAGCGACCAUUCCUAAACCAGGAAGGAUUUCUGACCAAAUACAUCGAUGGAAAAUGGCGGCCGAGUUGUCAUCGACCAAGAAUUCAUCGAAAUCAAUCCACGGCCACACUUAUUGGGAAAAAUAUGUGCGAGUAUUUUGGUUUCUCAUAUCUACACUCGACUAAGUCCAUCGUCGUGAAGAACUCCACGCUCGAAACGGUAGCCAUGCGUAAGGGGAGCUCUACGUACCAAGAGAACUCGCCAGCGGCCUCUCUGAGCAAAGAAAGCGAAACCUGUUUGGGUCUCUACGUUCGCUGCGCACCGACUCUGAACGGCAGUAUAAACGCGCACUUGGCUAUCGACGGGAGCACCGGAGACCGCGACUACCUGUGGCCCUGGACGGCCGCCAUCUUUGUUAACGGACGCUACCGCUGCGCGGCGCUGCUGCUCGACCCCGACUGGCUACUCUCCGCCGCGAAAUGCCUCGAGAACGUCAGUCUGAAGAAAGAUUAUACGACUGCCAUAAUCGGUUAUGGUGCAUCGUUUCGACACGUCGAUGGGCCCCAUCAACAAAUAUCGAUCAUCGAUGAAGUGCAUCGUAUGAACAAUUCUGUGUCCAUUUUACUACACUUGAAAAAUAAAGUUCAUUUCAGUCGACACGUGCAACCAAUAUUCGUCGAUAAAAGGAUCUAUCUAUCAGGUGCAACGGAUACCUGUGUAGCUGUUGGAACGAACGAAAAUUAUGAGACCAAAUCAACUUUCUUGAGACCUGUUUUGCAGGAUUGUCCAAGUUGUCAAAGAUGCUUCUUCAAUAUUACGGAUUCCGAUUGUUCGGAAAGUCAGAAGUCAAAAUGGAGUGGCACGAUAUUCUGUCGUGGCAAGAAAGGCUGGUACCCCGCAGCUGUCUUCCAAGAUAACGAAGGACUGUGCAACUUCAAGGAUACGCAAAAUAUGACGAGCAUAGAUUACGUAAAUCCCUAUCUGAUAGAAGCAAUGGACGAUCCAAGGAAGCCGAUCGAACCGAAUUGCAAUGGUUUCCUAUGCAAACUUGGCCAAUGCAUUCCGCAAAAUCGGAUCUACGACGGUGUUCCGGAUUGUCGAGACCAGGAAGACGAAGAUCCGGAAUAUUACGAAAGAUACCGCAAAAAUUGCGAAAAUAGCGUGGAUGGAUGCAAUUGCAAGAAGACUGAGUUUCGUUGCAAAAAUGGGAAAUGCGUCGACAAAAGUGCGUUUUGCGAUGGACAGCUCGAUUGCUUCGAUGGCUUAGAUGAACCUAUGACAUGUACCUGCGCGGAGUACCUGAAACUCACAGCUCCAGAACGAAUAUGCGACGGUGUACGCCAUUGUUUGGAUAAGACUGACGAAUCACCCGAGAUGUGCCCAUGCACAGAGUCGAGCUUCAAGUGUAAAACGUUAAGUGGAUAUGACACGUGCAUCCCAAAAGACUUUAUUUGCGAUGGAACGAAUGACUGCUUGGAUGGCACAGACGAAAAAUCGUGCAGAAAGUUGAUCUCAAAUUAUCAAAACGAUAGCUAUAAUUCUGGGGAAGUGGUUCGACAAAGUUAUGGUGUAUGGCACUCAGAGUGCUUUCGGAAUCCUCUAACAUCUGACGAGGAUGCGUUAGACUUGUGCAAAUCCAUGGGAUACUCUUCAGGAAGCGUCAGCAACGAAACUAUAGUCACAGACGAGCCCAUAAUUCCCAAACAAGACAAUUUCUACAUAGUCAGGAUAAACAACUUGAUAUGGAUGAUUUUAAGGGACGAUAAACCAUUGAUAACUUUAGAGAAAUCCAACGUGACUUGCCAUCGUGCAUUCGUCGACUGUGAAUUUGAGAAAUUUGCUAAGCUGUAA